AUGAGCAGGGUGUGCGUCACCGGGGCCGCCGGCUACAUCGCGGCCUGGCUCGUCCGGAAGCUUCUGCAGCGAGGCUGCGUCGUCCACGCCACCUUGAGAUCCCUCCGUAAGUUCACCUGCUCUCUCGUCGACUCCUUGUGGCUGCAACCUGUGAUCAUACGAUCCGUUGGUGAUGCGUGCGUGGCAGGGGAUGAGAAGAAGACUGGGCUGCUGAGGUCACUCCCCGGCGCGGCGGAGCGGCUGGUGCUGUUCGAGGCGGACAUCUACGACGCCGCCACCUUCGAGCCGGCCAUCCAGGGCUGCGACUUCGUCUUCCUCGUCGCCACCCCGCUGCUGCACGACGCCAGCAGCACCAAGUACAAGAACAUAACGGAAGCGAUCGUGGACGCGACGCGCAUCAUCCUGCAGCAGUGCGAGAGGUCCAAGACGGUGAAGCGUGUCAUCCACACGGCCUCUGUCACGGCCGCCUCGCCGCUCAAGGAGGACGGCGACGGGUACAAGGACGCCAUGAACGAGUCUUGCUGGUCGCCGCUCAACCUCUCCUACGGCUACAGCAACGUCCACCUCGACGCGUACGUGUCGUCCAAGCGGCUGUCGGAGGAGGAGCUGCUGAGGUACAACGAGUCGGAGGGCAGGGCGUUCGAGGUGGUCACCCUCGCGUGCGGGCUCGUCGGCGGCGACACCAUCCAGCCCAUCCUCUGGAGCAGCAUCCCCGUGGUGGUGGCGCCGCUCACCGGCAACGAGAUCCACCACAACUCCCUCAAGUUCAUGCAGGCGCUCUGCGGGUCCGUGCCGCUGGUGCACAUCGACGAUGUCUGCGAGGCGCACCUCUUCUGCAUGGACCAGCCGUCCAUGGCCGGCCGCUUCCUCUGCGCCGUCGGGUACCCCAACAUGGAGGACUACGUCGCCCGUUUCGCCGCCAAGUACCCGGAGCACAAGAUAUUGCUCAAGAAGGUGGCAGGAGAGGGCGUGAGGGUGAAGGGUGAUUCGACCAAGCUUGUGGAUCUGGGAUUCAGGUUCAAGUAUGGUGUGGAGGAGACGCUGGACUGCAGCGUGGAAUGCGCCAAGAGGAUGGGAGAGCUCUGA